ACAGACAGACAGAAAGCUCUUCCUUUUCUGUUGGUUCACCCCCGAAGUAGCCGCUACGGCUGGCGUGUUGCAGCCAGCGUGCUGCACUGAUCCGAAGCCAGGAGCCAGGUACUUCUCCUGGUCUCCCAUGCGGGUGCAGGACCCAAGCACUUGGGCCAUCUUCCACUGCCCUCCUGGGCCACAGCAGAGAGCUGGACUGGAAGAGGAGCAAUCAGGACAGAACCGGCACUCUGACCGGGACUAGAACCCCGGGGUGCCGGCACCGCAGGCAGAGGAUUAGCCUAGUGAGCCAUGGCGCCGGCCAUUCCUAGGUUCUUAAAGAAAGGAUUGUAUAUUUAUUUUUCCUUUCAGGGAUUAGUAAAGGCUUUUGGACAAGGUGACUGUGGAUUCGUUUUUGAAUAUGCAUAGGAUCUUGUUUUGCUUCUUAGCUACAGUGAGUAUUGUCUCCUGUAUUAGUUGGCUAGGACUGCCGGAGUAAAAUGCCACAGGCUGGUGGCUUCAGCAACAGCAGUAUAUUCUCUGAGCGUUUGGGAGGCUGGACGUCCAAGAUCAGCACAGGUUUGAUUUCUCCUGAAGUCCCUCUCCUUGGCAGGCAGAGGCCUCCCUUCACUGUGUCCUCAACAGGGUCCUCACUCUGUGUGUGCACAUCCCUCUCAUCUCUCUCUGAAUCCCCUCUUAUAACGACCUCCAUGAGAUUGGGCGAGGGCCUGCCAUGAUGGCCUUAUUUCAACUUUAUCAGAACAGUGACAGUCUCUUCAAAUACAGCCACAUGAUGAUAUUCUGGAGCAUCAACAUAGGCAUUUAAAAAAUAUUUAUCUAUUUGAAAGUCAGAGUUACACAGAGAGAGAAGGAGAGGCCUUCCAUCCUCUGGUUCACUCUGAAACCAGGAGACAGGAGCUUCUUCGGGGUCUCCCAUGUGGGUACAGGGGCCCAAGGGCUUGGGCCAUUUUCUGCUUUCCCAGGCCACAGCAGAGAUCUGGAUCAGAAGUGGAGCAGCUGAGACUAGAAACGGUGCCCAUAUGGGAUGCUGGCAUUGCAGGUGGCAGCUGUACCCACUAAGCCACAGCGCCGGCCCCAACAUAGGCAUUUUGGAGGAACACAAUUCAGACAUAAAACUCCCAUGGGGUGUUUGGAAAUGUGUUAAUGUAUUCUUAGGAGUUGCAGUGACUGUGGAGUGUUACUCUCACUCAAUGGGCAGUGCCAGGAUUGCUAAACAUCUUGUUGUAUAGGAGAGAGCCCUGCAUGACAAAGAAUUGCCUGCCACGGAGGCCAACAAUUCCACUGAUGGAAGCUCCAAGGGGAAGGUUUGGCCCAGACCCUGGGAUAGUAUCCAUAAUGAUGGCUCUGUGAUUGAUAGAGUGUGCCCUUCUUAUACUACUUUCUACUCUCCCUUCUUCACUCCCUUCUCAGUUGGUUCCCUCAAUCAGUAUGGUUAAGCCCCAUGAAGCUGGUAUAAUGAACAAAUGGAUUUAACUGUAGAGGGCUUGGGUGGGAGUUUUGAUUCCCCAGUUUCUGGGAAUAAUGAGGAAUUUGUGCAUCCUGUUUUUCCCUAACUCAUCUGUGACUCUUAGACUGAAAUAACAACCCCCCUGUUAAAAAAUGACUCUUGCCUUGCCUCUGGGCUUGCACUGAUACGAAAUACAAUUGCAUGCAGAGCUUCAUACAAGUUCUCCAACAACCAGGGCAUGAAUUAGUAGCCAGAAAUAUGCCUCCAGCAUGUGAGGGCUCUAGCAUUUUCCCCAUUGGCUUUUGGUUUCAGCUUGCUCCCUUUUCUGUCCUAGGGGGUCCCUUGUUACUUUCCGCCGUUUGGUAAAAACGAAGGUAACAGGAUCAUUCAGUCUCCCUUUCUAGUUGAGAGCAUUGUAAUGCUCUGCAAAUAUGAUCACACUCAUUAGAGUAACCAUAGGUUGUUAAUUAAAUUAUAAACCAAUGUAUCAUACCAAUGUUAGGAAUAACAAACAAAUGAGCCUAUUUCUUAGGCAUUCACUGCCCAGACAGCGUUCCAUUUAUGAUUUCUUGAGUCAUGCUGAAUUAUUCAGUCUUCGUUUUACAAUUUCAACAUCUAGGAGAAACAAAAAACUGUAACAAUUGCCACUAUAAUACAUAAAUAAAAAUGAAUAAUUCAGAACUCCUGUCUUAUUUUAUUCUCCCCUGUCUGACUGAUCCCAGCUUUGCUUUCUAUUUCACAGUACUCAGCGAGGUAGGCAGAGAAUUUUCAGGUUUAGCUAUAAAGAUGUAGAGCCUUUGAGUGAUUUGCCCCAGAAGAGCCAUUCCUGAGCUGCUAGAAACCCACAGCCUGAUUUAAUCCUCUUUAACAUAUGUAUGUGUGCGCAUGUAUACAUAUGUAUACACAUACAUGCAUACAUACAUGUAGUUAUGAAUAAAUCAGCUUUCCUGACUAUUCAUCAUUCAUCAAGAGAUUAAAAACAAUCAAAACCUGUUACUGAUCAGUGAGAUUCUCCUAUAUUAUAUUCUCCUGUGAAAAAUUUUCCUAGCAACUGUAGCUUUGAGUUCUUAGGUUUUAUGCAUUUGUACAUUACACAUGUGCUAAGGUCAGUGUUCCAAGUUCAUUUUAUCAGGUAGAGAAAACUGAAAACAGGAAUGGGAUUCCAAGAGUGGCAGCUGCAAUCCCCUAGCUGGUGUGUGGGCUCGGCUGCUGGGCCAGGAGCCUUUCUGGUGUGCUCUGUCAAGUUCCCAAGCAUCUGCUGGCUAACAGGAAUCCUGACCUUUGGUUUGCUCCUGGUCAGUGGGCACUGCUCCAGCUCAGAGCACACGUCGCAGAGCUGGAUUCCCGACUGGUGCACCACUGGCUGCCACUUACCUCCUCAGAGAUCAGAGAAAAAGCACGAGGGAUACAAAGCUUGCCAAAGGGCCCAUGCUCCCUUCGGCAGGAUUUUUCUACCCGAUUCUAGAAGGCCAUUUCCAAACUUUUAUUCUCAUUUGAAAAUCAUAACCAAAUGGUAGAAAUGGAAAAAGAAAAUCCUACCUAACCCUCCACUGGCCACAAAAUGUAAUGAUUAGGGAAAGAGCUCAUGUGUACUCUAAUAAUUAAUUGACUCUUAAGGAUUUAUUUGCUGGCAUUCCAGGCAGGCAAAAGUAGAUAACUAUGCCCAAUGAAUAAGAUUAGUGAGCCUAUCUCAUUAAUAUAUAACUUGGCAAGAUUUUUAAUUUUGCAAUUUGAAGUGUAAGGAUUGUGAUCUUGAUAGAUUUUUGUUUUUCACUUGUUUACCCCCAUCCCCUCCCCUGAAAGAGGAGGACAUAUCUGGAUCAUUUUUUUCUUUUCUGUCAUGGGCAUUAAUGUAUGUUAAGAUAACCCAAUUAAUACCUGGUAAGCCCCCACCUCUGCACAUAGCCUUUAGUCGUUGGUGGGGGAUUUGGGGCACUGUGCUGUGGAGGUGGGUGUUGGAGAGAAAAGGGAGAGAUGCUUCAGUUUCGAAGGCCUGGAGGCACAGAGUCACAGAGAGCUGUUUCCAUGGCAGUGCUAUGGAAACCAGGUUCUGCCUCUCACUCCUUCCCAGAGUGGAAUUUCCAUGCUUCAUGUAGCAUGGGCUCCAAAACAGCCUGCUGGCAUCUUAUCCAAGCUGACGUUCUCUUUGCAACCUCAUUGUAACCCCUUGUUCUGGCCGCUUUUAAGUGGGGGGAAAUGGAAAGUAGGAACUCAAUCCAAAACACAGGAUGAAUCCUCCAUGUUCUUCCAGUUUGGCCCGUCCAUCGAACAGCAGGCUUCUGUGAUGCUCAACAUCAUGGAAGAAUAUGACUGGUACAUCUUUUCUAUCGUCACCACCUAUUUCCCUGGCUACCAGGACUUUGUAAACAAGAUCCGCAGCACCAUCGAGAACAGCUUCGUGGGCUGGGAGUUGGAGGAAGUCCUCCUACUGGAUAUGUCCCUGGAUGAUGGAGAUUCUAAGAUCCAGAAUCAGCUCAAGAAACUCCAAAGUCCCAUCAUUCUUCUUUAUUGUACCAAGGAAGAAGCCACCUACAUCUUUGAAGUGGCGAACUCAGUAGGGCUGACGGGCUAUGGCUACACAUGGAUUGUGCCUAGUCUGGUGGCAGGAGAUACAGAUACCGUGCCCUCAGAGUUCCCCACUGGACUCAUUUCUGUAUCGUAUGACGAGUGGGACUAUGGUCUGCCUGCCAGAGUGAGAGAUGGGAUUGCCAUCAUCACCACUGCUGCUUCUGACAUGUUGUCUGAACAUAGCUUCAUCCCCGAGCCCAAAAGCAGUUGUUAUAACACUCACGAGAAGAGAAUCUACCAGUCCAAUAUGCUAAACAGGUAUCUGAUCAAUGUCACUUUUGAGGGGAGAAAUCUGUCCUUCAGUGAAGAUGGCUACCAGAUGCAUCCAAAACUGGUGAUAAUCCUUCUGAACAAGGAGAGGAAGUGGGAGAGGGUGGGGAAGUGGAAAGACAAAUCCCUGCAAAUGAAGUACUACGUGUGGCCCCGCAUGUGUCCUGAGACUGAAGAACAGGAGGAUGACCACCUGAGCAUUGUCACCCUGGAGGAGGCACCAUUUGUCAUUGUGGAGAGUGUGGACCCUCUGAGUGGAACCUGCAUGAGGAACACAGUCCCCUGCCAGAAGCGCAUCAUCUCUGAGAAUAAAACAGAUGAGGAGCCAGGCUACAUCAAAAAAUGCUGCAAGGGGUUCUGCAUUGAUAUCCUUAAGAAAAUUUCUAAAUCUGUGAAGUUCACUUAUGACCUUUACCUGGUGACCAAUGGCAAGCAUGGGAAGAAAAUCAAUGGAACCUGGAAUGGUAUGAUUGGAGAGGUGGUCAUGAAGAGAGCCUACAUGGCAGUAGGAUCACUCACCAUCAAUGAAGAACGCUCAGAGGUGGUCGACUUCUCUGUGCCCUUCAUAGAGACUGGCAUCAGUGUCAUGGUGUCGCGCAGCAAUGGCACUGUGUCCCCUUCUGCCUUCUUAGAGCCAUUCAGUGCGGAUGUGUGGGUCAUGAUGUUUGUGAUGCUGCUAAUCGUCUCAGCUGUGGCUGUCUUUGUCUUUGAGUACUUCAGCCCUGUGGGUUAUAACAGGUGCCUCGCUGAUGGCAGAGAGCCAGGAGGUCCAUCUUUCACCAUUGGCAAAGCUAUUUGGUUACUCUGGGGUCUGGUGUUCAACAACUCCGUACCUGUGCAGAACCCAAAGGGGACCACCUCCAAGAUCAUGGUGUCGGUGUGGGCCUUCUUUGCUGUCAUCUUCCUGGCUAGCUACACUGCCAACUUAGCUGCCUUCAUGAUCCAAGAGGAAUAUGUGGACCAGGUUUCUGGCCUGAGUGACAAAAAGUUCCAGAGACCUAAUGACUUCUCACCCCCUUUCCGCUUUGGGACAGUGCCCAAUGGCAGCACAGAGAGGAAUAUUCGCAAUAACUAUGCAGAAAUGCAUGCCUACAUGGGAAAGUUCAACCAGAGGGGUGUGGAUGAUGCCUUGCUCUCCCUGAAAACAGGGAAACUGGAUGCCUUCAUCUAUGAUGCAGCAGUGCUGAACUACAUGGCAGGCAGAGAUGAAGGCUGCAAGCUGGUGACGAUUGGAAGUGGGAAGGUCUUUGCUUCCACAGGGUAUGGCAUUGCCAUACAGAAAGAUUCUGGGUGGAAGCGCCAAGUGGACCUUGCUAUCCUGCAGCUCUUUGGAGACGGGGAGAUGGAGGAACUGGAAGCUCUCUGGCUCACUGGCAUUUGCCACAAUGAAAAGAAUGAAGUCAUGAGCAGCCAGCUGGACAUUGACAACAUGGCGGGUGUUUUCUACAUGUUGGGGGCAGCCAUGGCUCUCAGCCUUAUCACCUUCAUCUGCGAACACCUUUUCUAUUGGCAGUUCCGGCAUUGCUUUAUGGGUGUCUGCUCUGGCAAGCCUGGCAUGGUCUUCUCCAUCAGCAGAGGAAUCUACAGCUGCAUCCAUGGGGUGGCCAUCGAGGAACGCCAAUCUGUGAUGAAUUCCCCCACCGCUACCAUGAACAACACACACUCCAACAUCCUGCGCCUGCUCCGCACAGCCAAGAACAUGGCGAACCUGUCUGGUGUGAACGGCUCCCCACAGAGCGCCCUGGACUUCAUCCGCCGCGAGUCAUCCGUCUAUGACAUCUCUGAGCACCGGCGCAGCUUCACACACUCUGACUGCAAGUCGUACAACAACCCGCCCUGCGAGGAGAACCUCUUUAGCGACUACAUCAGUGAGGUGGAGAGAACGUUUGGCAACCUGCAGCUGAAAGACAGCAACGUGUACCAAGAUCACUACCACCACCAUCACCGACCACACAGCAUCGGCAGUGCCAGCUCCAUCGACGGGCUCUACGACUGUGACAACCCACCCUUCACCACCCAGCCAAGGUCCGUCAGCAAGAAGCCCCUGGAUAUCGGCCUGCCCUCCUCCAAACACAGCCAGCUCAGCGACCUCUACGGCAAGUUCUCCUUCAAGAGCGACCGCUACAGCGGCCACGACGAUUUGAUCCGCUCUGACGUCUCGGACAUCUCCACCCACACGGUCACCUAUGGAAACAUUGAGGGCAACGCGGCCAAGAGGCGUAAGCAGCAAUAUAAGGAUAGCCUGAAGAAGCGACCAGCCUCGGCUAAGUCCCGGCGGGAGUUCGAUGAGAUCGAGCUGGCCUACCGCCGCCGACCACCCCGCUCCCCUGACCACAAGCGCUACUUCAGGGACAAGGAAGGGCUACGAGACUUCUACCUGGACCAGUUCCGAACAAAGGAGAACUCACCUCACUGGGAGCAUGUGGACCUGACCGAUAUCUACAAGGAGCGGAGCGAUGACUUCAAACGUGACUCUGUCAGCGGAGGAGGGCCCUGUACGAACAGGGCGCACCUCAAACACGGGACCGGGGAGAAACACGGUGGGGUCGGCGGGGUGCCAGCCCCCUGGGAGAAGAACCUGACCAAUGUAGACUGGGAGGACCGGUCUGGGGGCAACUUCUGCCGCAGCUGCCCCUCGAAGCUGCACAACUACUCCACGACCGUGGCAGGUCAGAACUCGGGCAGGCAGGCGUGCAUCCGGUGUGAGGCUUGCAAGAAAGCAGGCAACCUGUACGACAUCAGCGAGGACAACUCCCUGCAGGAGCUGGACCAGCCGGCUGCCCCUGUGGCGGUGCCAUCCAAUGCCUCUGCCACCAAGUACCCUCAGAGCCCGACUAAUUCCAAGGCCCAGAAGAAGAACCGGAACAAACUGCGCCGGCAGCACUCCUACGACACCUUCGUGGACCUGCAGAAGGAGGAAGCCGCCCUGGCCCCGCGCAGCGUGAGCCUGAAAGACAAGGGCCGAUUCCUGGAUGGGAGCCCCUACGCCCACAUGUUCGAGAUGCCAGCUGCUGAGAGCACCUUUGCCAACAACAAGUCCUCAGUGCCCGCCGCCGGACACCACCACCACAACAACCCCGGAGGCGGCUACAUGCUCAGCAAGUCUCUCUACCCUGACCGGGUCACGCAAAACCCUUUCAUCCCCACUUUUGGGGACGACCAGUGCUUGCUCCAUGGCAGCAAAUCCUACUUCUUCAGGCAGCCCACGGUGGCGGGGGCGUCGAAAGCCAGGCCAGACUUCCGGGCCCUUGUUACCAACAAGCCGGUGGUCUCGGCCCUCCAUGGGGCUGUGCCAGGCCGUUUCCAGAAGGACAUCUGUAUAGGGAACCAGUCCAACCCCUGUGUGCCUAACAACAAAAACCCCAGGGCUUUCAAUGGCUCCAGCAAUGGGCACGUUUAUGAGAAACUUUCUAGUAUUGAGUCUGAUGUCUGAGUGGGGGAAGAGAGAGGUGAAGGUGGGUAUGGGAGGGGGAGGGGUGUGGGUCAACUUGGUUCCCAUUUGCUCCUUUAUUGUUGUUUUAAUUCACUCAUGGGAUCCUGGAGUUCUGGUUCCUACUGAGGGCAACCCUGGUGACCAGCACCAUCUCUCUUCCCAUUCGCAGUUCUCCCCCACCUUCCCCAUCUGUCAGCCGUUCCUGUUCCCAGGAGAGGAUGAAGUAGGAGGGUAGACAGGAGAGAGGAAGGACUGCACAGGAGCUUCCUCCUAGCAUAGAAGAACUCUGCCAUCAUCUACUUUGAGUGAAGCUAGGAGAAAGGAGAGGAGGCAUCUGAACUCUGGAGUAGCCUUUCCCAAAUGAAUCUUUGCACUUAGGUGAGGAAGCAAAUGCAUCGAAUGAAGGCCAUUUAGCAAACUGCUUGGGAGUGAACAGAGGCUUUUGCUAAAUUCUGGUUGCAUAGAUCAUAUCUGCCUAGAGAUCACGUGCCAAGGGGGAAGGUGGGACAUGUUUGUAUAUAAGCCAAAACAACAUUUGCUUCCACUCCAUGAGACUGAUUAGUGGUGAGUUAAAAUAAAAGGCCCUUGGUGGAGGAGUAGAUUCCUGAACAAAUUGAAGAGCAUGCUAUCAUAGUGCUCUGCAGUGUGUUGGAAGCAAAACAGGUAGAUUGCGGUUGCCUGUAUCCGUGGACAUCUGCACGUGGUUGCAAUCAGGUGCCCCUACUUGCAGAGAAGGCAACCUUGACACAUUACGCUGUUUCUUUCUAUAUCCCUCAGCAACGUGCUUGGUUUGGCUUAUGUGCAAGCAGAGAUGGUCAUAAGAUACCUGAAUAUUGUCUCUCUCUCCCCCCUUCGCCUUUCCUGAAUGAGGAUAAGGUAGGGGCUAGACAAAAAAGGUGGUGAGACAAUCCUAUGGCGAUUCCUCAGUGAUUGCCAACAAUUUCAGCCAGUCUGGACCAACAACUUUCUGGAAAGCUAAAGGGAGCUAGAUGCAGCCAUGAUUCUUGAGAGCAAAAGAUUCCAUAAGGCUCUUUUGGGCUUUUAGACCCUCAACUGGCCAAGGCAUGGGGUGGAACUUAAAGGCUUGGAAGAAGAGGGGAGUCGUCCAGGGUAGGGUAAGUGAGAGAGGGGGAUGUUUUCAAUGCUUUGAUCCCUUCUUACUUAACCUGGAGCUAGAAGAGCAGUCUUGUUCCCCCAGAACUGAUUGGAACCCUAAUGGAACAGACAGCUGAGAGAGAAAGCCCACCUCCACGCAGACAGCUCAGGAUGCAGGGGGACGAGGGUCAUGAGUGGGGGAGGCCAGGAGGGGAACGACUUUCCCAUUGGACCCAGCUUCCUGGGAGUGUGACUUGAGCCCCGUGUGAACACUGUUGGUAGAAGCCCUUCCCCCCUCCUACAAUACCUCCUUUCCAUUCCAGAUUGUACCAUUCAAGAAUAAAAAGGAAAAACAAAUGUGUAAAACUCCAGGGAUUGAGGGUACUGGCAGACACGAUGCCCCCUUUGCUGAAAGUUGGAAAAUCAAGAAGGGAAAUGAUUAUCUGUCACUGCCGGUCCUGAAACUUGGGGUAAGGGUGUUCUAGGGGUCUGGCCAUCCUACCCUUAUGCGGGGUGGCAUCCAAAGAGCCCUGAGUCACUGUGGAAGCUGGACUGCAGGAUCGCCACGUUGCACACAGGACACACAACCUAGAAAGGUGCUCAUCCUCCUCUGACGGAAGCUGCCAUGUCUCCUCCAGUCACACCCCCCAGGGCUGGUCUUUGCCUUCCUGUUUGCCCUGCCUCCUGGUCCUUCCUCAUCCCCACCCUUUUCCUGGAUUUGUACCUCAGUCUCUUUCAUUUCCAAGCCACCUGAAGGCCUUGUAAAGUUUUUCUUUCUAAACGAACGUGGGGGCAAGGGGCUGAACCUCUCACAGAUUUGGCGGGAGGAACACGGAGUGCUUUGCUUAGGUUCAAGGAAAGAAAAGACUUGAGAGAGAGGACAGAGGGUGUGGGGCCACCCCAGGAGGAAGGAGGCGAAUGGCUGAUCAGCACUGCUUCUCCCAGGCUCUGUCCAGGGCCAGGGGCUCAUUCCCUCCUCCCUCUUCCUCUUACCUCACCCCUCUCAAGUAAAACCACCAAACCAACUAACCUAGCGAACAGCAGUCUAGAACCAUGGGGGCUCUGUCAGGCUCCACAGUGACAGAAAUGAAGAUGGUGUUUAUUUCAUAUGUAAAUAUUUUGUUUUCUAAUUAAUUUUGUAUAGAUAAAGUGUUCUCUUGUCAGUAUUCAGGGUGUUGGGCUGGAGGGAGUGGGGUGGGGAGUGAAGGGGAAGACAAGUGUUUUGUUACUGGGUUUUCAUUUUCCACUGGGGGAAGUGUUUUGUACGGCAUUUGCUUCAGGGUGUCUAGAAGAUGUGAAUGAGAAGAGAAGCCACAGUGGUGGAAGAGCCCCUCCCCCCGGACCCUCCCCAGCCAGUCUUCUUGUCAGCCUGUAUGGGAAGAGCUCCUGAGCUUCGGCCUGGACUUUGCGCAGGCUCUGAUGUGGCUCUUAAGCAAACCUCAGGUCUAACUCAGAGCUGCAAGGUAGACUAUGGCUUUCCAGCAUUCCAUAAAAAAGGAGCUGGUGACGCCAUCAUUUUCCUGUCAGUAGCCACAGUAGUCAAGAUUUUUAAAGGGCUUAAAUAGAAUCGAGGUCAAAUUAGCCUCCCUUUCUUGGUGUGGCUGAGAGAUUUCAGGAUAUUCAACCCUGAGAACUCGCCUGGCAGUCUCCUCUGAUGUUUGACAACCAUCUGGGUUGCUCUGAUCUUCUUCCUCACCCCUGCGCCUUGCCCCUUGCCCCAGCCUACCCCCUCACUGCCCUUAGAAAUCAGUACUGCAAGCACACCCAGAAGUGUCCCGUAACUGGGCUUUCUGAAGCAUGUGACAUCAUCAUGAGAAGUAGCACUGGGUAUGGGUCUCACUAAUUUGCAUACUUUUCUAGAAAAGAUGACCAGAGUCCACAUGCUCAAAAUUCAGUGGCUAGAUGGCUCCAUUAGAAAGGUCGCUGAAGCUCCUUUUAGAGGUAGGAAGGUGGGGUAUAUGAGGGAUGGUGCCAAUGGAGGCUUUCUAUUUGCCUUGUCCUCAUUACUGCCAUCAGGAAGGUGCUAUUUGCCUUGUGCCAGGUGUUCGAAACCUGACCUUGGGUUAACCAGACAAAUAGAAUUUCUUUCACUGAACCGUUGGUUUUGUAAAGGGUUGCAGCCUCUCUUUACCACAGGAUGAAAUUUGCAAAUUCAUUUCCCCAUCAUAUUAUGUUAUUUGUUCCCCUAUCCCCCCAUUAUCAGAAACUGUCAGAUGGAUCAUUUUUCUAAACCUCUUAUUUGGCCCCAAUUUGUCACUUUUCUUGAACUAGAUGCUUGAAUUGAGACCAAGUAAGAUAUUCACAGGCUGUUCAAGACAGCUAAAAGAAAGGAUGGGCUGAGCACUGUCAAAUUCUAGAUGCUACUUAAUUAUAGAAUAACAAGCCAGUAAAAUGCAUAAGGAAGAAUUCAGUAGUAAGCCCUGUCUAUAUCACAGAUGGGUGUGGAUCAAAGCCCAACCUAUCCAAAACUGUGAGAUUCUGCAGAUAUCCUCAGGAGCAUCCAAGCUUCCAAUGUUCUUCAGAAUCCAUGCUUCCUCUCUCAUACCCUCUAUCAUCCCCUUGUGUUGUAGAAGUGGGGUGCUCGGUGUGGUCCUACAUCACUCCUUUUGGUGGCAAUGCUGAAGUCUCAGCAUUUCCACUGACCUCAAUCUGACCCUUGAAUUUGCCUGAAUCAAGAUUGUGCACACCCUUCAGAGUGAUGCAUGUACAGUGGACCUUGUUAUUUCAAAAUUUAUCACUGUGUACCCUCAGCCAGAACUUGGGAAACCUUACUGUGUGCUCCCCUGUACUGGCCACAGCCAUGUAGUGAUUGGGGGAAAAUCCCAAAUGAUUCCAUUAAAUGUUGGUGGUGUCAGUAGUGCCAAAACGCAUGUGUAAUAUGAUAAAAUAGGAGUCGUCUAUACAGUUAGGUGAAUAUCACCCGCCCAGUCUUCCAUGGUCAUCCAGAGUUGCCCAAGGGAGAACUGUCUGCAGAGUGCUGGUCACCUGCACAUCUCAUUUAAGAACGGGGGUUUGUUUUUGCUUUUUAGUUGGUUCACAUUUCAGGGACAGAAUAACUAGAUUGUUUGGGCUGCCUUUGGACAAGCAAUUCCAGGAUUCACUUUGUUUCCAUCACCCUCUCCCCAAGCAGAACAAAGCAACAAAAAACUCUUGUCAAUGCUUGACACCCUGUGCAUGUCUAUCUUGAUGUGUUAGGAAUAAUGAUGUCACUGCAGUGCUGUUGAUUGACCAUAUUGUAUGUGCGCAGGAGGCUGCUAAACACUUGGAUAGGGGCAUUGCUUUCUUCACUGGGGUGUCAGAGACUCUUCUUCCUGUCUAAGUAACUCUUUCUGGAGGAGAAGCAGGUAGUGGUUGACAGUUACACUGCAGUGGGCCUGGCCUUACAAAUGACCUAUGGCCCCUGGUGUUAUUUUUGAGGUCCUGAAAAGGCUUUUUUCCAAUGACUGGCUUCCCGCACAGAUUGCUUGCUUUAGCACCAAGAUGCUCACCUGUCAUUUAAGUAAAAGUAGUCCCAGGAAGGAUGAUGUAUUAAGCCAUAUUAAGAAUUUUUACAUUUAAACACCUAAUGUACAUUAGGACUCUCAUGCCUUCUUCUGGGAAUAGUUAUGAUACAAGAGAAGAGAAACAGCAGGGAACACCAAGUAACAGCAGGGAGCAAGGAUACAGGUUCUAGAAGGCAAAGCCAUUUAAACUGUAAGUUCAUCUUCCACCUGCUUUUACUUAAGGCUUGACACUGAAAUAGGUGAAAACAAUUCCUAGCUGGGUAUCCAAAGUGUGUAGCUUAAGAAUUGCUAAAUUCAGUAUCUUGUAGGGCAGGUUAAGGGCUGCGACUCUACCUAUAGCAAACGGAAGACUGAGCUUCUCCUCCAUUGCAGGUUACUGACUAGACAGCUAGAAACACCAAAUUGAAAUAAUGGCAUAAUAAAACUUGCUUUAAUUAUCUGUUUUAUGUCCCAGUUCAAUUAAUAUUCCAUUCAGCUGAGUCCUAUACUCUAUUUUCUCACCUCCAUUCAAGGUGUCCAGUUGUCCCAACACAUUAUGAACUGCUUAGGAGCCAGUUGACCACCAGGUGCUACUUAAUUUGUGGAACAAUUUUUUUGGCUUACCCAAUGCUGAGGAUUACACUAAAAUGCAGAUUUGUCAAUCUGAAAAAUUCCAUACUGAUUGAUCUAGGAUUUUUAUUCUAGUUUGGGAGUUCUAGUGUUAUAUACAAAUCACAGGAUAUCAGUAUACAUCCCACCCUUAUCCCAUUGACUCAGUCACACAGAGGCCCUUAAGUUUUAAGACUUGGAAUACACAACCUAUCUAUUCCCAUGACAAAGGCCCCCACCAGAAACCUCAAGUGAAAGCCAGUGCUAUUUAUAUGCUUGGAAAGAUUGGUGAAGUAAUGUUGAAGCAAGGAAGAAGAAUUUUGUUCAGAGUGAUGGGUUAGGAUAGCAAUACUUGGAAUAAGUCAUAGAAUUUAGAAAUCCUCCAUGUUUCUCUGGUAUGUCCCUCUCUGUCCACCACGGGAUUCAUCACAGUGAGUUUCUGGCACUGUUCCAUGCUUUAAAAUAUAAUUACUAGUGUAAUUAGGAGGGUGAGGACCCCUGGUGAGAACUAAAGGUAGAAAGCAGAGUGGAUGAAUAGAAUUCCUCACAGCCUAGGGACAGUGAUGUGCAGAAUGUGUUUUGGCAAAGGGAAAAGAAAUGAAACGCAAUGCAAGGAUUCAGGGUGCAAUUAAGAUGUACAACACUAAGUCUAUUAUAUCACCAUUAUUUUAAAGAUUUAGUUUCUACUCCUUAAGCCUGAAUUCUCUUCAUGUGUAAUUAUUUUACUAUUGUGAUUUAGUGGGUGGAGCAGAUUCCAGUACCAUGAAGGAGAUAAAACGUUAGUUUGUGCUCAAUAAACAUAGGUUUACUGAACUAUGUCCCUGCACUAAUGCUGCAAAGGCUAUAAAAGAUUUUGAAAUAGACUAUAUUCUAUUCACAUAGAAUAUAUGAAUGAAUAAGUAUAAAAUAUUUAAAUAUGUAUAUUGUGUAUACAUAAAUAGGUGUGCCUGGAUGUGUAUUAUGAUACAUGCAGGUUGAAUAUUUUCUGGUUUCAGGGUGUGAGUCAAUGAUACACCUUAUGAUAUUUUUAAAAAUGCUGCAGAGAUUCAGCUUUGUGCAUCAUGACCACUCCUGGACUUUUUUUUUUUUUUUCCCCAUUAUUGCACCUCCCAAGGCUACAACUCUGGCAUUCCAUCUCUGACCACAACCUUGCAUAUAUUUUUUUAAAUUGUCUGCAUUCUUUCAAGCCCUCUCUGGUAUUCUGCGUAACUCUAUCCGGCUUCCCCCUUUGGUCACUGGAAAAGCUACUGACUAUGUUCACCCACAGCAGCAGUACUCUCUUCUUCCUCUUGCAUUUCACCACACUUACCUUGCUUAUCGAACAUUGUAGCCCAUCACCCAUCCCCAUGGCAGGAAAAGAAGUUCUUAAAUCUAUGCCAAAGAGCACAUAUGCAAUCCAGUGAAUCUCAACUGAACCCUACUGGCUUGGACAUCUUCAUUAUUUCUCCCAUGUUGACUCCAUGUCACAUUCUCUAAGUAUUUCUUAAAUUUGUUGUUCAUCAUCCUCUCUUUUACUUCAUCUCUUUCCCAUUGUGUCCCCAAGAAAAAAUAUGAUCACAUUUUGAUGGAAGCCCUCCUCUACCUUAUUUUCUGCCCUUCACCCUGAUCCCUCCAUCUUCCCACCCAACUCGUUGGUACUCUGAUGCCCCUCUGACCUCUUCUGAGAGGUGCUCCAGCCAAUAGUCCCUGUCCCUGCUGCAUCUUCAAUCCCUUCCACACAUGUGUAACCAUCUCUAAAGAUAAGCCUUUCUUCAUUCCAGUGAGACUCUUGGAUUCCUGACCUGUCUCUUGAUCGUUUUGCUUCCAAACUUCUCAGAGACAUAGCUUUCUUUCUUCCUCUUCCAGCAGUCAAGGCUUUAUAACUGGACUGCAUUCUGCAUGCUGUGGAAAACUACUCUCUGGUAACAUCCAAUCAAUUAACUUCUUGUUACAAGACCAAUAAAGUCCCCUACCCCCAAAUCUUCAUCCAACAUUAACUUAAAUUUAAAAUGAGCAUUUUAUCCUGUUUUUAGUCUUAGCUCUCUCAUCCUUUGAUCCAUCACUUGUUCCUCUUCUUCCUUCUACUCCCCAGCAGGGACUUCCCAUGUUCUGAGCUUAGCACUUCUUUUCUCCAUGCUUCCACAGCAAUCUUUCUCUGUCUUCUCCAAGUUCAAUUACUAUUUGAAUGAAGGUGAAUUCCCAAUCUUAACUCCUAAGCUUCAUGCGCAUAUUUCAAUCACUUCCCAGGCAACCAACUUCAUAUUGACUCAACUGUCUAAGACCAUCGUUGAAACCAGAAUUACCAAGUUCCCUAUUUUUGAUAAUGAUACCUCCAUUCCUUCUGUCACCAAAGCAUUUCAGAUACUUCUGACUCCUUCACUUCCUCAUCUUAAGCAUCUAUUCGGUUCAUUCUUACACCCAAUGUUUUCAUUAUUCCCUUUGCAUUCAUGCCUUUUCCUUUAGACUGGAUUAUUCAAAGUCCUUUAGUAUUGUUCUAAGAUUUUAGAUUUGAAACAACUCUUAGCAAUACUCAUUUCCUAAAUACAAAGUAGAUGUCAUUCUUCAACUCAAAACACAACUUUUGAAGGGCUUCAUUUGCCACAGAUUGUCAGCAAGAAUAGUUUGUUAUUUGCCUAUACGAGUAUGCUGUGACUCAGACAUGCUGAAUCUGAUGCAUGUCCCUUAAACUUUCCCAUACCAACUGAUUUUCUAGUUGUCACUCUUACUAGUAUUUGCUUUGCCCAAAAUACUCUCCUCCUCAUCUCCCAUCUCCUUCCUUAUAUAACAUCCAUCCUAAGUCUUCAAAGACCAGAAAUCAGACAGUGGUCAUCUUGUCUACCUUUCUUUAUCCCUCAUCUAGAGAAAAUAUUCAGACAUUUUGAAAAUGGACAUAGUAAUUUAUCUCCCUUAGUGACUAUUAUCAAAGACCAUCUUAUUUCAUAGUCAUGUGGUUACAUGUCUCAUCUCACCUGGCUGUAUCACAGACUCCCUGUGGUCAGAGUGAUGUGUUUAUUCAUCUCCUUAUUCUAUUUCACUUAAAGAUCCUUGUAAAGAAAGGCUCUAGUAAAUAUUGGAUAUUAUAAUUGAGGAGAGGUCAUUUUAUUUAGCCUACAGGAUACUUGAAUCUGCACAAAAACCUAAGGAUGAGUACCCUACACACAUUUCUAUUUUUGCACACAUCAGCACAGUAAUACACUGCAUGCAUACAUUUCCAUAUUAAUUACUACUUUCAAGUGGGAAUUUGAAGCUGUUCCAUGACUGUUCCCUGGAGCACCACAUAUGUUCAAAGUAAGUGACAGAGGCCAUGAAGGAUAUUGAUCAAAUGUUUGAUAUCAAGAGUUUUCAGAUGCAUUGAGUGGAGUUUGUAUCCAGACACUCCACUUCCAGACUGAGUCUCUAACAGCCUGACCUAUGCUGGAAUUGAUCAGACUCUGAUCCAACACAUACAAUGCAUAGUUUUUUAUUUUUUGUUUUAAGAGUACUAGAGUGACCUUGUCAUGAUUCAGGCUUACUAAUCCUGCACCUUUGUGGACCCUGAAUGGCAGUCCUGCAGGACAGUGCAUACCAUAUGCCUUUCCACAUUGGUGUCUACACAAGGCCUGAAUAGAGUGAACAGUGUACGCUGUUCAUGUCCUUGUUAUGAUAUUGCAAGACAAGGGCUCUGCAGAUACUCACACUUUCUGAGGUUCGGUUAUAGGGUUACUUCUCCUGAGUAGGAAAUGAAAGUGGAGAUAAUUAAGCACUUUACCUCUGAUCUGUUUAUUCAAAAUCAAAGUUAGGAUUUGAAUGAGCUAGAGCAGAGGAUAUUGUAGUCCCCAAAUGAUGGCUUUCUCUGUAAAUAUGAAGGGAAGCAUUACCUCACAGAGACAACAUCACUCUGGCCUCUUGUCCCUUUUAUGCUCUUAUUGCUGUUCACCCACCCCUUCCCCCUUAGCUCAGCUUAGCAAUUUGUCCUGUUCCUUCUGGUCAGCGUCAGCUUUCUUUGUUCCUGUGUAGAAACUCUCAGAGCCAUGACUGUUCUUUCACUCAAGUUGCUCUGGUCACUGAUAAAUGUCCCUUCCCUUCUCCUGGCCAGCCUCCUCUGUAAAUCUGUUUGUCAUUGGCCAUGAAUUAUUUGCCUUUGGGAGGUGUCUCCUGCCACUGUGGGCUAAUAUAAAGCAUACUAUAGAGAACUCAACUCAAAUAAGUUAUAAGAAGUGACAAGUCUUUUGCAAAUGAAGUCUAUUCUUCAUUGAGAUGGUGGGGAGUGAUGGUGGAGGAAUUAUUGGAAAGAUGUGGCAAAUCUUAUGGCAACUUGUGAGAUGCUUAGUGAAAAUGAAAAUGUGAGUUGAGAGAGGGAUAAUUUUUCUUCUCAACAGUCUGCAUAGUCCCACUCCUGGGAAUGGGGAUAAUUAACAUUUUAGAGCAAAAUCCAUCUCAUUGUGAGAUUUUUAUUUUAACCAAUGAACCAAAGGGUCUGGUGGGAGAAUACUAAUACAGCCACCCUCACAAAAAGGACAUUGACAAAUCUACUGGAUCAACCAAUGAACCAAAUUUCAGGUAGUUUUCUCAUGAGGUAUGCAUGUCAAGUUUUUGCAUAUGCAUACUAGCAAAAGGUGAUGGAGGAUAUAUGGAACAGAUACAGGCAUAUAAAAAUGCUCCCUUCAUGUCACAAAGCCAGGAGCCUGCACCUUAGUCUUAAGGUCCCCCUUGAUUAUUCGCGUUGAUAAUAGCUUUAGAAAGAGCUAGUGACCUCCCAAAUGUCCACCCCUUUAGUCACUCCCAGGGAGCAAAAGCUCAUCUGAAAUUUGGAGCCUAUUUCCUGAGUGUCUUCUGACCAAGGAUAGAAUAACAGCACUCUCCACGUUCACUUUAAACUUGAAAGGCAGCAGGAAGGGAAAGAAUGAAGAAAAAUAAAAAGGCAUUUUAUAAGGGCCACCUUCAAACCUAGUUGUGGACUAGGGGUUGUUUGAUCCAAUACCAAAAACGCUAGUGAAGGUAAAAGCUGCCCAGGCAGUAUCCACAAAGCAAGAGCUGCAUCACAGCUGCUUUCAGCUGUAACUGUGCCCACCAGAGAUGAAUGAGCAACCUGGGUCCUACCAUGUCUAUGAGAGCCUGAAUGCCCACAAAGAGUCCAGCAAUGAGUCCACCCCGAGCCAGUGCCCAGACCCUUUGGACCACAGCACACAAAGAGCCUUUGACCAUCACCCUGGUCAGAGAGGGAGUGACUCAUUACAACAGCUCUAUCUCAGAAUCUGAGCCAACGGGUCCUGACUUUAUCUGUCCUCCUUGCAGAAAGGAACUCACACGGAGGUGUGGCAGAAGUAAAGCUUCAAGGUAUGUGGCCAUAGGAGUGUUGAGGGCUGAGCUUCCUGCUUCUCUUAAAUAAGGAUUUAUUACCUGUUUUCUACAAAUGCCUGCCUGAAUCCUCAGUCCUGUUCACAACAGCCUAUAUAGUUAACUAUCAUUGUCAUGGUCACAAUUGAACUAUAAUUGAUCAUUUUCUUUUGAAAUCAAGGUCUAUUUUAAUGUUCCCUCUGGCUGGGAUGUAAGAACACCUGCAAACCAGACACUAGACCAUGAAGUUGCCUCAGGCUGCAUUGUGCUCUCAGUAACUUAUAAAUUGCUUCCAUAUAUUCACCUGCAUGUCACCAGCUGUAACUAAUUUAAUCUCUUCACCACGUGCCACCACAUGCUUGUGCGCUUCCUCAACACAACACGUAAUUUCAGUCAUUUUCUGGUACUUGGAAGUGCAAUUAGAACUGGAUGGGCAGACACACUGGUUUGUCCUUUACAUCACCAGGCUUGUAGAUCACUGACACCACACCUGAAGGUUUGACAGAAAUGCCCAGGCUUCGUAUGAAGCAAGCAUUUUCUUUGUGAAGGAGUAACCUAGUUAUCCUGCUGAGUGCCCUCUUUUAUCCCGUGGAACCCACAUUGUCUUCUGCUGUCCCAUUAAUGGAUCAGUGCUAAGAGAAUGGAGAAGCAGGAGCCAGAAUCCCUGGGAACAGACAGUCCUUUGGCUGAGAGACAUCUAUACCAUGUGUGUAUACAUCUCUUUAAAGAGAUGAGCAAGGGUGAUGAGGCCUAUUCUCAAUGGAGGAAGGAGUGGGGAUGAGUGCUUUGAGAGAUUUAUUCAUUUUCCUGUCUACCUCUCCCAGGGUCAGGAUCAGGGAAGACGUCAAGACUUCACAUGGGCAGGAAGUACGUUUAUAUAAGCAUACAGGUAGAACUCUUUUUGAGAAAUGCAUGAGCUGGUAAAAAUAUCCUGUCUUAGAGGUGAAUGUGCUUUGAAGUUAAGCAUGGCAUGAACAGGUCUUUUUUCUUUCAUCACGUUUUCACUAUUUCAUUUUCUUUCUUCUGUUUUAGUUUCUGGAACUUGGAGCAGUCUAUAUCCUGGGUUAACUAUAAGCCAUUACUCUCAAGCACACAUGCAUAUUAGGAUUAGAAGUUGAAAAAUCAUAGAGCUUGAACAAGUAGAUUGUGUUUAAUGUUUGCAAACCAGAGUCCAACCAGUCUAGUACAAUCAAUGCCACUGUAUUUUAAGGACUAAGAGGAUUAUGCUGUACGUUCAAGCACAUGUAUUGCAGAUAAGAGAACUUGGUCACAAGAUUGCUCCUGAGACUUGCUUACUUUCAGAACAUUUACUCUGGCUAUUCAUUUGUAGAAGGCAUAAGAAUGACCACACAGAAAGUCAAAGUCAUUUCUUGAAGAUGCUUAACUUAAUUCCUAUGUGAAAGGCACUGAACUACACCAGUUUCCACCCUGACUCAGUUUCCCCUCUUUGGACAAAGAUGCAAUCAUCCAGAUCAACAGUAGCCCACCCAGGCCUCCACCAUUCUAAGCCUGUGGUAUACUCAGAAUAACUCACAGAAGAGUUGGUAUGUGGAUGCAGGAUAGGUUGCCCAAACCAUUUCUCCAAAUGGGCUACUUUGGCAUGGAAACAUGAUCCUUUUAAUUUUACAGAUGAAAAAGUUGAAAUAUGGUGAAAUGGAAUGUUUAGCCAAAACUAAGGUUAUAUAGAAAAUUCUUUGCAUAACCCAGACUUGUCCAGCUCAGUGAGCAAUAUUGCUUUAAUUGUCCAUCACACUCAAAAUUUUAAGCAUCUAGUAAUGGAGGAAAAUCAUGAAACCAGGCAGCUGAUUUAGCCAAAUAUUUUCCAUGAGAUUUUUUCAUUGUCUGUCUGUCUCUGUCACACACACACACACACUUAAGUGCACAGAGACCAGUCAAAAGGGGCCACAACAAGGCAGGAAUUUGAAAACCAGAAAUAGGUUCAAAAAGUUUAAGUAAUGAAGAAAGGUUGAAAGUAAAAAAAUGAUUUUCAAUAUUGUGGGUUAAGACAUUGAGUAUUUUUUAUUAAAAAUUUUUAUGUAGCAUGUAAAACAAAUAAAAAGCUCAAGAAAAAACUGGGAGAGAGGAUUUUUUUUUUCCUAGAGUGUUGCAUGGGAAUGGGAGUCUUCAGAAAUGUAUGCAGGGGAGUCAUGAUACUCUCAAAGUUUUGGUCAAGUCAGAGUGAGGAAGACCACAUGAACAUCAAGGGAACACCUCUAUGAAAUUUAACAAAGUUCAAACAUAGCAAGCCUAAUUCUACUACUAUGGCAUUAAUUAGCCCUAGCACUAUAACUGGAAGUUAUAACUGGCAGUUCACUUAAACAAUGAAUUAAAAGAAAUUGUCCUUCCUUAUAACAAUUAUUGCGUAAAUCCUGAAGGAAAAGGAGCAUGGGACUUCCAAAGUCUAACAAAUGUCUCCUGAGAAUACCUGUGCAGUCUUGAUUUUGCCCUGCAAUUGCAAUUGUGAACUCUUUAAGCACCCAUGAACCAAAUCCUCUAUCUCCCUUCUCCUGUGACCCAUCUGUUCAUGUUUGAGUACUGUAGGGCUCAGCACUAUCAGGCUUUCCAAAGAGGAUGGUGUUGGUAGUUUCCACCACUAGACAGAUUAUGCCUCAUAUACAGAGAAUUCUGUGUAUACCAAGAACACUGGAAGACUUCUAACAUCCUCAAUGAAUUUUUCUUCACUUAAUCAGUCUGCCCUAUCUUUAAAAGGAAGAUGAGAGGAAGUAGAAGGAUGACAGAGUCCUCAUAUAGGUAAGCUGAGUGUUCUUUGCCAUCACCUUCACAAUGAAGUUAUCCCUAGAGCCUAGUUCAGAAGCCAGGUUUCAGGGAAGGCUAUGUGCAGAGGGAAGAGGUAAUUUUCCUACAGUGCAUGGGGAAGCGGAGUGGAGGCAGGCACCAGGGUCCCACUUAAGCUCAAAGUUCAGAAUCAAAGUAAUCAGAAAUAUCUUUUAUUUGCUUUCUGCCUCCUAAUAGGUGCCAUGAAAUCUUAGCAGAAGCUAAGAGCACGAUAGGGGCUGUUCUACCUUGACUGCAUUGCUGACUUCAUUUUUCACAUGAAGGUCAUUACAGAUAGCAAAUUAUGAUGCUACAUAAUAAGUGAUGAAACCAACAAGUGAUGAAUUUGGAGUAUCUUAUUCCCCUGGUGCUACAACUUCUGUUCUUUAGGGUAAGGGAUGGAGGGGGAAUGGAAUAACAAGAUUCAUGGGGACUCUAAAGCAUGAACAGAGCAUUACUUAAUUUAAACCAGAGAGGUCUUGGUCUUAGUAAACAUUAAAGUGGAAAUGAAGAAGAUCACCCUCAAGCAAAGCUUCUAGUGGUAUAGCUCAGGGAAGCAUUACAAAGUCUCUCAGAGGAAAUACAAAUUGCCCCAGACUGAAGGCACGGAACCGUAGUAUACAAAAUCAGGAUAACAUACUAGUGUAAGUCAAUUUCAGUGGGCCUAGGUGAUGAGGUAUCCUACGGAAAGCCAGAGGAAGAUCAAGACAAUUUCGGAACCCUCUCAGCAGCAGCAGCCACAGGAACUUGAGCUCUUUCACAUUGAGCUUGAGGGCAGAAUAUACCUCCUGUUGACAUUGUAGAUGUGCUUUCUUCCAAAGCCAGAUUGUCCAUUUGGUCAUUGGCACCUGGGUAGCUCACACAUCUCCUUGGCCUCAUCUGCCUAACUAUGUAUGGGUAAGGCCUGUUAGAUAGGAAUCGGACAUUUUGUGGCAGUCAGAAGACAAAGAAUUCUUAACUCCUGAAUUUCAACACUGUGCCAUGGAGGAGGAAAAAAUCCUGGAAAAAUCUUUCUGCACAAGAACAUCCAACCAAUCAGGAUGGUGCAGUGUUCGAGAUUUACAGCAUCUCCUCUUCAGUGAAACAAGCCAUAGCAACGUUACUCUCUGUCAUAUAUUCUACUCGUGCAUGGAAGGGCGAGAGUUGCUUUUGCCUAGAGAGCAAUGAGACCAAGAAUACAACUGAUCUGAGCCAGUUAUGGCUGUCUUCUGCUUUUCUUAGUUUUCUCUUUGUUUCUACCACAUGGUGGGGAAAUUUACUGGUAAUCACCAAUCAAACAUCCUAUGGCAAACUAUGACCUGGAAAGUCAUAAAGGAAAAGCAUAAUUAACCUAUCUCAUUUGAUCCUGACAGUUGUUGGUUCUUAUUCUCUCCUCCUAAGCCAUCGCUUCUUUGAGGAUCUUUUUUCCUUUCCUGGGCAGCCAUGUUUCCAAAGAAUUUCCACGGUAGAUGAAGAGAGAGGUAUAAUAGGAAGCAGACAAAAAUACCUCCGUUUUCAGCCAUUGCGAAAGGCGUUUCAGUUAAGGAUCCUCUUUCAGAUUCCUCACAUGAGAUUGUUUCUGCCCUCUUUGGCAGCGUCCUGGUUAAACUUCAUCAUCUUGAUUUCCCUCUUAACCUUCCUUUCUUAAGAAGGAUGUUUUUCCUUAAACUGAAUUCUUGGAUUGUUGAAUUCAUGAUAGUCAUGUAUCGUGCUCUCUCAUAUUUUUCAACUUGAAAAAUUAGAGUCAAUAAAGAGAAUGAGAAGCAAGCAGACGAGGACUUGAUCCUAGACACUUCAAACUCAAGGUCAAGUGCUGGCAAAGAAUCCACCAUGGUGUUAGUGGAGAAGCAUGGGUUCUUAAACAGGAGGUAACUGCUCUAAGAGUAUGCACAGGACAGAGUCCUUGGUUGGGAUACUUGUGUGUGCAGAGGCACGCUGUGAUUUUUCCUUUUUUUCCCCUCUCAUCACAAACCCUCUGUGAAGGAGGGUCCUUGGUUUUGGUUUGAAUACGUUAUUGAUGCAUGCCAACCUCAGCUCUCCUGAGCCCAAGUUCAUGGAAGGCAAAUGUUUCUAAAAACCUCAUCCAAUGAGUUAUUGCAUAUUAAUCAUUAACCCCUAACAUUGUGUAUUUACUGGAAUAAUAGUAGGCAUAGUAGGUAUAAGCAAAUUCCAUGAGAAGAAAAAGGCUUUGUUCUGAAAAUGCUCUCCAUGGAGCUGAGCAAGAUCCAGAAGGAAAGCAGAGUGAAUCCAUAUUGAGCGGUUGGGGGAGGAAGAGGCCUGACACAUCCAGAUGCUCUGCUUAUUCCCUAGGAGACUGUUUGCCAUUCCCUAUGGGCUCUGGCAGGAGAAGCAGCUGUGCUACCAUUGAUUGCUCAGAAAUGGUGACAGACCGACUUCAGAGAGAGUCAUGGGCUUUCUUCCAGGAAGGCACUGAUGAGCAGUGUGCUGCAGUGCUUCAAAAACUCUACAAACCUUUAGAGCAGCUUCUCUCAAGUGAUUUCCGUUCUGCAGCUGAAAUGUUCUGACAAGAGCCACCUCAUGCUCAUUGUCAUUACCUUUACUUCAAUUGAGAAGCCAAUGGCACUGAAAACAGGUUUUACCAUGGGAAUAGAUUUAGGUGAAACUUUUCAAUUUUGGAAUGAAUUUGAUCACAAAAUUAGGUCACCUCUGGGAAAAAUCUAAUUUCUACCCAUCCUUAGUGAAAACACCAGAUUUGUAAUCUGGUUACUGUUUGUUUGGGCAGGGAUAUUGGUAGAAUAGGUUACAAAUAUAGAUUGUAGAGACUGAUUUGAUCCUGAUUAAUAUACACGUGUUAACAUAGAAUUUAUUGACUCAGACAUGAUCUUUGAAGUUAUAAGAUAUCACAGAAGGGUAGUAGAUCAUAUGUUUUUAGUAAUCAAGGAAGGCUUCAAUGUUAAAUCAUCCACCCAAACAUUCUGACCUGUAAUUUAGGAUUGAGGUUUAGGCAUCAAAGUAGGAGAGAGACAGUGACCCAUCAUUUUAUGAGACUAGGGGUCAUUUCCUCUUUUAUUAAAAUAAUAAACUUGAGGUCAAUUCUCAAAUCAGAAAGAAACAUUGAAAGUGAGCUCUGUGUUUGCCAUUUAGAAAUUUGCUUACAAUUUACAACAAAUAUACAAGUUUGGGGUUUUCUUUACUUUUCCAGAACACUUAUUUUAGGUAGAUUCGACCUCCAGUGUCAUAGCAUGUACUGGAUAGAGUAGUUAUCCAUGCAUUGACAUUUGCUGAGUGGAAACCCCAUACCUGACCAGUCUCAAUCCUGGGAUACAAGAGUGAUCAGCGUGAGGUCAAUAUCCUCUUGAAGUUUACAUGUAUAUGAGAGGAAGGAGACAAAGAACAAUUACAACUCAUGUCAGGUCCUCAAAGCAUUGUGAAAACAGAUUAAAGGGAUAGAGAAGGUAGGAUCAGUAUGAGGUUUACAGGGUGAACAGCAAAAGUUUCUAUGAAAAGCUGACAUUUGAAUAAGGCUUACAGGAAAUGAGGGGAUGAUGCUUGGGGCUUCCUAUGCCAAGAGCUUUUCUUCAGGCUAAAAGCAACUACAAAGGCUCUGGGAUGAAACCACUUGCUUGGCAUACUUCAGGAAGAGCCAGAAGGUCACUGAGGAAGGAGACUGUGAGAAGGUCAGAGGUGGCAGUCGCCCAAGUCAUGUCUGUGUAGGCCAUUGUACAGGUUUGGGUUUGACCAAGAGUAAAAUGAGAAGUUGCUAGAAGGUUCUGAGCAGACAGUGAUGUGAUCAGACGUUGAUUUACAGAGAAACAUUGUGACUGCUGUGUUAAGACUAUUCUGUGAGAAGGUAGAAGUUAAAGCAGCAGUGAGACCAUUGCAAUAACUCAGUUAAAAGAUGGUAGUGGCAUGGACCAUAGUGUUGGUGGAAGACGUGAUAAGAAGUGGUUGGAUUCUGGAAACAUUUUUAAGAUCAGAUCUGACAUGGUUUGCUGACGCAUUAGGUCUUGAGUAAGUAAAAGAAAAGAAUCAAAUAUAACUUGAACUUGAGGCCUGAGAUAUUGGAAGUUUGGAGUUGCUGGUAAUGACAGAAAUCCUACUGGUAAAGCAGUUAAGGAAGAAAGCAUGGUAUGUUGAAGGUGUCUAUGAUAUCUCCCAGAGAUAUUCCAGUUAGGGAUUUGGAGAUUUGAAUAUGGAUUUCAGGGAAGAAGUACAGCAUUCAGGUGGGUAUUUGAAACUAAGACUGAAUCUACAGAGUGAGUACAGAUAGUUCCCUGGACUGAUUCCAGGGGAAAUGUUCAAAGUCACAAGGAAUAAGGAGAGACUAGAUUGGGGAGGAAUGGCCAGGAACAAAUCAAGUGCAUUAUUAAGAAUAAGAUUGUAUGAAAACAUGAAGGUCAUUCCAUUGUUGACACAGCAGAAGUACUUGUGGGGACAAAGGUGUUGGGGAUGGAUUCAAGAAAUAUUGGGGGGAGAUGAAUUGAAGACCACAUGAAUAGGCAACUCUUUUAGCAGUUCUGUUGUGAAGAGGGUAUAGAAAUAGCAAAAAUAGCUGGCCAUGUGGGUUCUAGGAGGGAUGUUAUUUUAAGGGGGAGAGCUAACAGUCUACUUUAUGCUGACCAGAAUGAUCCAGGGAAGAGGGAAAGUUGAUGCUUAAGAAGAAUAGACAACAGCUGCCACCUCUUUAAUGAGGUGAGAGGGGACAGAAACUAAUGCACAGAUGGAGGGACUGUAUUAAAUUUCCCAAUGUGGUUGUUGACACAAAGGAGGGCACAAAUGCAAGGGGAUUGGAAAGUGUGAUGGUGAGAGUAUGUCUUUUCUGAAUGUUAAUACAUGGGGAGUUCAUCAGAUAAGACUGAGAAUGGAAUGAGUAUUGGAGGUUUUGGAAGAGAAGGUGGCAUUUGUUAGUUUAUAGCCAUCCAGCAGCAAAAAGAAAGAAUCAACAAAAAUUUAAAAGAUCUACUAGGUGCCACAAAGGACUUACUUGAGGUUUUCAUGGUCAUGAGUAAAGAAAAUGACGAAAUUUUCUUCAGUCACAUUUAUCUGUUGACAUAGAGUGAAGAGUUGGAUUUAAGCAGGGUUGGCAUUUAAUCAGGCAAAUGCAAUGAAAGCAGCAAAUGAUGUGGAAUUAAGUGCAAAUGCAAUGUAGUGAUAAUAAUGAUUGGCCAAGGAAUCUAAGCUGGGAGAGGAGAAAAGUGAGGAUUUGGGGAGAAUGGGGAUUAGCCAAGGAUAGUAGGCGCAGGGAGUUGUGAUACAGGCUGGGGUCACCAAAUUACAGAAUCAGGGUCCCAGAUGGAGUAAUCUAAGAAAUUAGGAUCUGAAUCGGAGAGCUAGCUGCUUGCAGUUGAAAUUAGGGAGGGGUUGUGUUAAUUGGUAAUGAAAUGUGGGGUCUUGUGUGGAAAUUUUUGCUAAUUUGGAGAAAAAUAUUAUGGAAGGAGCAGCGGUCAAGGAACUGAGGGGAUAGGAUCUGGGAAUGGUUAUAUAAAUCCUGAAGUCAACAAAAUAUUGAAUUCCAUAUGACAAAUGUAUAUUUUCACAUAAUGUGGGAUAGAGAUUUAAGUAUAUUUUAAUUAUUACAUUAAGAAAAAUGAAUAGCUAGUAUAGUCUGAUUUGCAACACUGCAUUUCAUUGCUGUAUGCCUUUUUUUUUUUUUUUUGACAGGCAGAGUUAGAGAGGCAGAGAUAAAGGUCUUCCUUCCAUUGGUUCACUCCCCAAAUGGCUGCUACUGCAGGCCACUGCGCUGAUCUGAAGCCAGGAGCCAGGUGCUUCCUCCUUGUCUCCCAUGCGGGUGCAGGGCCCAAGCACGUGGGCCAUCCUCCACUGCCUUCUAGGGCCACAGCAGAGAGCUGGACUGGAAGAGGAGCAACCAGGACAGAAUCUGGCACCCCAACCGGAACUAGAACCCGGGGUGCUGGCACUGCAGGUGGAGGAUUAGCCUAAUGAGCCACAGCACCGGCCUGGUGUAUGCUUUUCUAAGGAAGGGUGAUGGAGGGUGGUGUGGACACAUCACUGAGGAACUAGGAAGGCACCUAUUCCACCACCAGGCCUUGUGGCACAAGGAGUGCAUGAGAAGAAAUGUCUUCCACUGGAAUGGGCAGCAGGACCCUCAAGGAAAAGCCACAUGUCUGUGAGAGCAAGUAAGUGAAGGAAAUGGCCAGGGCUGUGGCUGGUGCUGAACUGCAGACUCAUGUGAAGGAUUUGGGAAGUUAGUAGUGGAUGGGCAAUGGGUCAAGAUGGGAGAUGUUCAUGGUCAGCUGGGAAUGGAAGUAUGAAUGAUAACAGAUUUUGUAGGUGUCUUAGACUCCACAGUGAUUUUCCUAAGCAAGGUUCAUGGAUAUUUUGGACUGGCCCAGAAGGUCUUUGUCAAACUAAGGUGGUCAGGCUGCAAGUGCUGGGGUUAGCUCCUGAUGUCUCCUCCUUCAACCCUGAUGUUUGUUUAACUUCCAUUAAAAACUCCACUGCCAUCUGUGAUAGGUCACAGCAUAUUUUUAUAGACAUCAGCAAGUGGGAUCCUGGUCUGAGGCUAGAUUUUGACUAUUUACCCAAGAAAGAACACACUUUCACAGUAAGUCUUGUCCUUUCCAUUUUAAAGAUUCCCAACUAAGUCAGUGUCCUUACGGGAAAUUAUAAUUCAUUGUUCUUCCCUUAAAAAUAUAAUGAAUAAGGAGUAAAGUUCAAAGAAAAAAAAAAGGAAGGCAGCUUCACUUUUUACCCAGUUCUGCUAAAUGAAAAUCAUCUCAUUGUUCUUAUUUGAUAUUUUCUUUUGUGACAGAGGAACAGUGAAAGGAACAUACAGCAAUGAUGUCAGGUCUUUCAAAGCCUUGGGAAAGGAUUUUAGAAGCUCAGCAGAGGGUUAAUAGAAAAGACUGAGUCAGGCUGCAUGACAAGUGGGAAAGGGAAGACUUUGGGGCAAAGCCUGACAAAUAUAACUUUGUCCAAGGGAGGCAGUUGAAGAUUUAGUGACAGCAAACAGCCUGCCCACAAGAACAUUCCACAUACUUCUGGCACAGAUGAUGUGCUGAUUCUCUUUCAUUUCUUAUACCCUUUAAGAGUCCUAAUGUGAAGUGAAACAGAAGCUGUUCAGCCACUUCUGGUGGUCUCAUGCUCCAAAUCCCCCAGAAUCUUAACAGGGCAUGAAUGUGGUCACAACCACUGCUGCUGCUAGCUCAGCUGACCAGUCCUCCAGUGAAGGUAAACCCUUGAGCUUGGCCAUAUUCCAUCUGGCAUUUCCCCCACAAGGUGAAAUCGUGUUCAUCCUGGUGCCUCAGACGCCAUGUCUUAGAUUCUUGUGUUGGAAAGGUAUUUCGACCAAUUCAGAGGGUUAUUCCUUGCUACAUACAGGGCAAAUGGAACUCUACUUAAGAAGGCAGAGGGCAGCAAAGAAAGCCAGGGAUGAUUUUAUUGUUUACUCUGUUUCCUUUAUGACCUCCAACAACCCAGCUUUUCCAAGGUGAGCAGAAAACAACAUGGCUUCCAUUUACUCUGCCUCAGAUUUUCCUUCCUUCAGGAUGCCCCCCCACCCCUGGUUGAGUAUGCUUGAGAAUUUUCAGGCAGCUGGUGGAGGGGACAAAUUAAUGGGAGAGAAGGCAUCUUCCUCACAGGAGCUUUGUCACUCAAUGACCAUCCCAGUGUUAAUGCUUCAGAAUAGCUCUGAUGCGUGUGCAAACAUUGUAAGGGAGCUAGAUGGCAGGCUACCGUGGAGAUUACAGAAGGGACGGGUUGGGCAGUGAGCUCUUGUCCCAGGGAAAACCUUUCUUUCUACUGGACAGCAGCCAGUGCUCCAGCAGUAUCAUAAUUACACUUAGCCACAAUGAUUGGGGUGUGUGUGAGUGUGUGAGUGUGCAAAUAGAGAGAGAGAGAGAGAGAGAGAGAGAGAGAGAGAGAAAGGGGGGAGCACACUAAGUUUGUAUCCAUUGUUGCAUUGGUUGCAAAUGUAGAGCUGUGGCCCUCCUGAGGUAACAUGGCAGAAGGGGAAAGGUCACAGCUUUCCCAUGGGUGUCCUCCCCAGGGGAAGCACAGAUGUCUCGGUGGGGCCCAGAUCCCACCUCUCCCUGGGGCUGGCUCUCCUUCCUCUUGACUCUCAGAUCCCCAGCCCAUCCACCUCCAAGUUUUUUCUGUUUUGUUUUUGUUUUCUGUAAAUAUAUAUUUCAUAUUUUGGACAUGCAGGGAUCAAUUGAGAUUCUGGAGUGGGGGGGAGGGGGUGGAUGACUGGGUCUUUUUAUUUUUUCCUUUCUCUUGGAUUUUGGUGUUUGAACUUGAAAAAAAAUAAUUACAAGUAUAUAUAUAAGCAAAUGACUUACCUUUAACAAAAGAAAUAAGUUGAUUUCAUUCUUUUGAUUUAUCUUGUUCUCAUUGGGGUUGGGUGGGGGUGGGGGGCCUUUUGGGUGGAGGGCUUUUUUGUGAGCUGUAUAGAUUUCCAGUUUGGACUUGUUCAAAUGAUGCAGGAACAAAAAUCAAAACGAAUUAAAAAAAGACAACAUAAAAACAGGAAAACUUUGUGAUGUAUAAAAGCUGUAAAUAGUCAAAGAUUCUUUCUCUUUUCUAAUGGCAAAUUAUUUCUGUCACUUUAUAUUCAAAAAAUAAAGAAACCUACCGCAAAUUAUCAGGGUAAAAAAAAAUCCAGAAUCAGAGUUCUUUUUUUCCCCCCUUGGUCUUUGUGCUUUCUUUGUCAUGUUUCAGAGAAAAUUAUUAAAGCUGAUUAGCCAAUUUUACAAAUACCUAAGAGAAACUACGAAGGAAGGGAGGAAGGGAGGAAGGAAGGAUUGGUUUGUUUGAGCUCAUGGUUUGAGGUUCAUAGUCAAGAUCAGGUGACUUCGGUCUCAAGUCUGAUGAGAGGAAAGGAUGGUAGAACAAAGAAUCUGUUUCUCCUAUCUGAUGCUAUAAUCCCGUAGUUAUAACCUGGCAGGAGUUUAAGUAAUUUUGAUCCUACCACACUUUUUCUUUCCCAUAAAAUUCCUUCUUUACCAAAUAAUAACUGUCAAUUACAUUUUGUUUUCAGUACAGAAAAUUUUAAACACAAAGGUAGACAAGAAUGGUAAAAUGAACCCAUGAAUCCAUCACACAGCUUUAAUAAUUAUCAAGUUAUGCCAAUCUCAUUUCAACCUUACUCCUACUCACUACCCCCUCCUAUAUUAUGUUGAAGCAAAUUCUAUAAUUGUAUUAUUUCAUGUAUAAACAUUUUUGUGUAACCAUAAUACCAUUAAUAACAUCAAAGUUCAGCAACAAUUCUUUAAUGGCAGAUAUCUAACUAGUAUUCAAAUUUCUAAUUAUCUGAAAUCUAAUAUUUAAAAGGAUUUUUUUAAUGCUAAGUCAAAUGAGCUCCACAAACUUGGUUACUAUUUCUCAAAUUUAUUUUGAGUCUACAAGUUCAUCUCUAAAAGUCUUUUUUUCCUGGAAAUUUAUUUAUUAUGCAACAGGAGCAUUUUAUCCCUAUAGGGUAUUUGACUAAUUGUAUCCCCAUGUUAAUGACUAAUAUGUACCUCUGUUCUCUGUCUUUCCUAUAAAUUUCUAGCUAUUUUGCUCUUUAA